GUGUGCGUGCGUGCGUGCGUGCGUGCGUGCGUGUGUGUGUGACAGUGUUAAUGAUCAUUGGUGCAUUUUGGUCAUUGAUAAGAAUACCACAGCAUGAAUUUUUCAGUUUUAAAUAUUAAUGAUUCAUCAGCGAGAUGGCGAGAUUUUAUUCUUCAUGACUGAAGCGAUUUUGAGACCGCUGUUCUGCGAUAAAUGAGAGGUAAAAUAUUCAUUUAUAUCAGGUUUAAGUCAUCAGUUCUCAUGGCCAGCAGGUUGCGACUGUGGUGUCUUAACCCCAUUGACCCCCGGGGCACACACUGCUCUGUGUGUGUGUGUGUGUGUGUGUGUGUGUGUGUGUGUGUGUGUGUGUGUGUGUGUGUGUGUGUGUGUGUGUGUGUGUUUCCGUACAUGUCCGUGUGUGUGUGUGUAUGUCUGUGUGUGUUCACAUCAGACUGGCAUGGGUUAAAUGCAAAGGUCACAUUGUGAGUAUGCAUUGCAUACUUGACAAGCAUGUCACACUUUCACUUAAAAUGUUUUCUUGAUAUGAAUAUAUUGUUUUGAGACAACAUUAAUGUGUUUUUGUGCAUGUUUGUGUCUGUGACAUAAUCUGAUCUGCUGGGCUGCGGUCUCUAAACAUUUCUAUUAAAUGUUAGUUGUAUAGUUGUAGUAUAUGUUGAUCUCUGUAGAUGUGACUCUGAUUCCUCUUCACUGUGACUAUAUGAGAUUUCUCAAGUCUUUUCUUUUAUAAAGGUCUGAUCAUGUUUAAUAUGAAUGCAGCAGCUGAUGUGAUGGUGUCAGACGGGUUAGUUGUCCGUGACAGAGGACAUCUGGGCGUUUGGACAUUCCUGUGAUAAACUCAAGUGUUUCUAAAUGUGGAUGAAGCUUCAGUGAUAAGAAGCUGUGAUGAGGAGAAAGUCUUUGGAAAGUCAAAGCUGUGAGUUCUGUUCUCAGUUCAGUGCUCGUCCUCUCUCUCAAUCUGUUCGUGUUGUUGAGUUUUAGCGAUGUCUGAUGUUGAAGAAGUUGCCCAAACAGAUGGAGGCGUUGAUCUGAAUGUGGGACUCGGCACAGAGGAACCCAUCGCAGGUGAUCCAGAUCUGUGUGAGAAGAUCUCUUCGAUCCAUCAGAUCGACAGCAGUGAGGAAUCAAAAAUCAUUUCAUGUGUAGAGAUGACAGAAUCUGUUCAGAUGCUUUGUGAGGAGACGAUUGAAGAGAACGUGAAGAAAAACUCAAUCAGUUGUGAUGCUCAGUUUGUGUCUGAUGUCCUCGAUGAGAGCACAGAUGAGAAGAUCUCAAUGUCUUCAGUCCUCACUGAGAAGGCAGUCGACAGAAAGAAGCCGGUGAAUGGUUUGCACUCGAGCGUUCCUGAAACAUUAGAAAUUCAACACGCUAGAGAUAUCUCACAACUUUACAGUGAGAGACAAUACAGAGAGGAGGGCAAGAGAGAUCUGUGUUUCAAUCUGUAUUCACUGAUGCCUGACACUGCAGAAACUCAGUUUGCUCGAGAGAUCUCUGAUGUACAGAGUCAGCUGAAAUAUAAAGCAGACGGAAAGAAGAAUCUGGGUUGUAGUCUCUACUCACAACUGCCCGACACCAUCCAAACACAACACGCCAAACUGAUGACGGAUCUACAGAGCGAUAAUAAGUACAAAGAGGCCUGCAGAAAAGACGUUUCUAAAAGUCUCUACUCACAACUACCUGAAACGCUUGAGACACAACACGCCAGAGAGGCCAACCUGCUUCAGAGUGAGAUUAAAUAUAAAGAUGGACAGAUGGGUGGAUCGAGUUCACUGUACUGCACACUGCCUGACACUCCAGAGAUUCAGUUUGCCAGAGAGAUGACAGAAAUCAUCAGUGAGAAUAAAUACAGAGAACAGGGCAAGAGGAGCAUCAGCAGCAGUAUUUACUCUCAACUGUCUGAUACACCAGAAACAGAGUUCAGCAGAAGCGUCAGUGAUCUUCAGAGCGAGGUGAAAUAUAAAUCAGGUGUUAAAGAUCAGAUGAGUAAAUCUCUGUACCAUCAGCUGCCUGAAACUCUUGAGACUCAACACGCUAAACAAGCUUCACAUCUUCAGAGUCAGGUGAAGUAUAAAGAGGACAGUAAAGAGAUGAUGAACACUCAUUUAUACUCAACAACAGAAUCUCCACACAAUCUGUUUGUCAAGCAUCAGAUGGAGCUGCAGAGUCAGAUGAAAUAUAAAGAGGAUUUAAAGGAGAACUGCAGUAAUCUUUACUCUCUCAUGCCUGAAACACUGGACACACAGUUUGCCAAACACACCAGUGAAAUACAGAGUGAUGUGAAAUAUAAAUCAGGUGUUAAAGAUCAGAUGAGUAAAUCUCUGUACCAUCAGCUGCCUGAAACUCUCGAGACUCAACACGCUAAACAAGCUUCACAUCUUCAGAGUCAGGUGUUAUAUAAAGGGACGGGGAAAGGCGAUUUCUCAGGGUCCACCUUCACUUCGGUUCCAGACUCAGUAGAGAUGAAGUUUGUUCAGGACGUCUCUCGUGUCAUCAGCGAGAUUGAUUAUCGUGAGGAGGGCAGGAAAAUCCUCUCGUCCAGUGUUUAUUCACAGAUGCCACAGACGCUAGAGACUCAGUUUGUGAAAUCAGUGUCAGAACUCCAGAGUGAGGUGAAAUAUAAGAAGUCUGGGAACGUCAACAACGCACUGUAUUCUAGCCUGUCAGAGACGCUGGACACACAACAUGCUAAACACGCCAGUGACAUCAUCAGUGAGGUGAAAUAUAAGCAGAGUUUGCCCAGUCCUCUGUUCGCUCAUCUGUCUGAUACACUUCAGAUGCAAACGCUCAGAGAGAUUAAUGACACACAGAGAGAGGUCAGACACAAACAGAAAGAUGAUCAGAAAAGUCUUUAUUCAGUCUUACCUGAGACUUCACAAACUCAGUUGGCCAAACACAUGAGUGACAUCCAGAGCGAGAUUCAGUACAAACUUGAUGGUAAAAAGGAGGCAGAGAGUAAUUUAUACAGCCUGAUGCCUGAAACACUUCAAACUCAACACGCUAAAGACGCAUAUGAGCUUCAGAGCGACAUUAAAUAUAAAGAAAAUCAUGGAACAGACGCUCAGUCUCUUUACUCCCAUCUGCCCGAGACACAAGACACUCGACAUGCCAAACACGCCGCAGAGAUACAGAGUGAGCUGAAAUACAGAGAGACGGUGAAGAAAGAUCUGAGGUCAUCCUUAUAUUCUCAGAUGUCAAUCACACCAGAGAUACAGCUGGCCAAAGAUCUCAGCACGCUUCAGAGUCAGGUGAAAUAUAAGAGCGAUGGACAGAAGAACGUCAGUGUUUAUUCUCAACUAUCAGAAACUCCAGAAACUCAGUUUGUAAAGACAUUAAGUGAACUCCAGAGUGAGGUGAAAUAUAAAUCAGGUGUUAAAGAUCAGAUGAGUAAAUCUCUGUACCACCAGCUGCCUGAAACUCUCGAGACUCAACAUGCUAAACAAGCUUCACAUCUUCAGAGUCAGAUGAAAUAUAAAGAAAGACAUCAGAAAGAAGAUUCGUCUUCAGUUUAUUCACAACUGUCUGAAACCCCUGAGACUCAGAUGGCCAGAGAAAAGAGCGAUCUUUACAGCGACGUGAAAUAUAAAGAGGACGGGAGGAGAAACAUCUCUUCGUGUCUUUACUCUCUGAUGCCUGAAACACUGGAAACAAAGUUUGCUAAAGAUCAGUGUGCACUACUGAGUGAGAAUAACUACAAGCGAGAGACUCGAGAUGAAUUAUCAGACUGUCUGUAUUCACAACUGCCUGAAACACUUCACACACAGUUUGUAAAAGAAGUGACGCCGCUCAUCAGUGAGAGUAAAUAUAAAGCGUCGGGUAAGAAGGAGAUGAGCACAGCUUUAUAUCACACACUGCCUGAGACUAAAGACAUUCAACACGCCAGAGACGCUUCAGAGAUACAGAGUCAGAUUAAAUAUAAAGAUGGGAAGAAACUUCAGUCAUCCAGCGUUUACUCACAGAUGACACAAACACCUCAGACUGAAUUUGCUGCAAAAAUCAGCGAGCAGCAGAGUGAUAAUAAAUACAGAGAGGCGGGCAGAAAAACCCUCAACACUUGUGUUUAUUCUCAACUCCCUGAGACGACAGAGACGCAGUUUAUCAAGACAGUGACAGAACUACAGAGUCAUAUUCAAUAUAAAGACGCAGCUAAGAAGCAGAAGUCCAGUGCUUUAUAUUCACUGAUGCCAGAGACUUUGGACACACAACACGCCAGAGACGCCAUGCAACUUCUGAGUCAGAGUAAAUACACAGAGGACGCAAAGAAAGAGAUUUCACAGAGUCUUUACACACGACUGCCAGAGACCACAGAAACACAACAUGCCAAAAACAUCACUGAACAACUGAGUCAGAAUAAAUACAAGCAGAAAGGCAAAGAGGAGAUUUGCAAAAGCAUUUAUUCACAGCUGCCCAUCACACAAGAGAUGCAGUUUGCCAAACAGAUGACAGAUCUCCAGAGUGAUAAUAACUACAAGCGAGAGACUCGAGAUGAAUUAUCAGACUGUCUGUAUUCACAACUGCCUGAAACGCUUCACACACAGUUUGUUAAAGAAGUGACGCCGCUCAUCAGUGAGAAAAAAUAUAAAGAAGAAGGAAAAAAGAAGAUGGAGAACUGCUUGUAUGCACAUCUGCCCCAAACUAUUGAAACACAACACGCCAAAGAACUGACACAACUGUACAGUCAGAAGAAUUAUAGAGACGCAGGUAAACAGGAAACACAAUCAUGUCUGUAUGCUCAGAUGCCUCAAACCAUUGAGACGGUGUUUGCUAAACAAGUCUCCAAACAUCUGAGUGAUAAAGUAUAUAAAGAGAAGUUUGAGUCUGAGAAAGGAAAAUCUGACUACACACAUAUGAUGAAUCUUCCUGAUGUCACACACGCCACACAGGUCAACAAACACCAGAGUGAUGUGAUGUAUCGCAGAGGGAAAGAGGAACUUCAUAAAUACAGUGAAGUGAUGGACAGACCAGACAUCCUUAAUGCCACACGAGCCACUAAACUUGCCAGUGACGUGGCCUAUAAGAACCAAAGUAAAUCUGAGACAUUUGACCAGCGUGCGCUGCUGGAGAGACCUGAUAUACAACACGCUAAACAAGCCAAUAUACUGGCCAGUCAGGUGAACUAUAAGCAGAAGUUUAAAGAGCAGAAGUCUCAGUAUAACCCUACAGACUGUGUGAGCUUCAAACAUACACAGACGGCAUCUCUGCUGGCCAGUCACGUGAAAUACAAACAGAAGAACUUGGAGGCGGUCACAGAUUUACCCAACUUGCUUCAUCUGGGUCACACAAUGCACGCCAGCAAACUACAGAGCAAUGUGGAGUACAAGAAGAAGUAUGAGGAGUCUAAAGGCCGAUACCACUUCACCCCGGACACAGCGGAGCAACGUCAUCAUAAGGAAAACGCUGUGCUGCACAGUCAGGUGAAAUAUAAAGAGGAACAUGAGAAGAACAAGGGCAAAUCACAGAUGGAGUUUGUGGACACAGAGUCUUAUAAAGUGUCGCGAGAAGCUCAAAAGAUGCAGAGCGAGAACGAGUAUCGUAAGGAGUAUGAGAGCAGUGUUAAAGGAAAGGUACUGCUGGAGGUCGAUCAGACACCUGCGUAUCUCACCGCCCGUAACGCCAGCGCUCUUAUGAACCAGAAAGAGUACCAUAAAGAUCUGGAACUGGAGGUGAAAGGUAAAGGUCUCACAUGUCCAGAAGAAACUCCAGAGCUACAGCGGGUGAGAAACGCUGGACACAUUCUCAGUGAGAAGGAAUAUCGUAAAGAUCUUGAACAAGAGAUCAAAGGGAGAGGAUCAGACCUCACGUCAGACAGUCUGGACAUCCAGAGAGCCAAGAAAGCCUCUGAGAUCAACAGUGAUAUCUUAUACAGACAGUCGUCUCAGCUGAGAGAAACUUCAUACGGUACAGUGACAGAUACACCUGCACUGCUGCACGCUGCUUACCUGAAGGACAUCUACAGUCAGAAGAAAUAUCGUGAUGAUGCUGAGAGGCUGAAGGGUUCAUACGCUGCCGUAUCAGACACUCCUGAGAUCCAAAGAGUGAAAAAUAACCAGCGUAACCUCAGCCUAAUGUUGUACACGUGGGACUCUAAGCUGUUAAGAAGUCUGACAUCAGCGAUCACAGAUACUCCAGAGAGCAAACUGGCCCGAGAAAACACAAAAAAUAUCAGUGAUGUUAAAUACAGAGAUUGCAUUGGGUCAGGCACAGCAGUGACACAAACACCUGAGAUGAAACGAGUCCGGAGAAACCAAGAGAACAUCAGUUCUGUGAAAUACAAGAAACCAGUUGAUCCAGUCAGUUUGGGGGUGACACCAGAACUAGACCGGAUUAAACAGAACCAACAGAACAUCAGCUCGGUGCAGUAUCAGCGAGGUUUACAGGAGGUCAAAGGUCACUCCUGCUCUGAGUUGGAUACACCUGAAAUGAGGCGUGUGCGGAAAUCACAGGACUCUAUUUCCAUGGCCAAGUAUCAUGAAGAGUUUGAACGGACACGAGGUCGAGGUGCCACCCACACCCUCGAUGAGCAGCACAUGGCACGUCUCCAUGGAGACCAUCAGAUGGGUGGCAGUGAGGGUUACCAUGGCAUCCAGCCACAGAUGGUGGAGAUUGACCGCAGAUCUGGAGCUACAGAGCUGAAGGUUUGGAGAACCGAUCCAGGAUCCAUCUUUGAUUUUGAUCCGGUGGAAGAUGAGAUUCAAUCUAAAAGUCUUCGCAGAAUGACGGAGCGUGUUUGUCGUCUGUCGGGGCGUCAGUCUGCGCAGUCAGUGCCGUCUCGAGCGCAGUCGGUGUGCAGUUCUUUGGGCUCAGAGUUUUGGGCGGAUCGGAGCGGUUCGGUGUGCAGUAGCGCUUCUGUUUUCCAGGACAGAUGUGGUUCAGGUGUUUACCAGCAUCAGUCUCAUCAGCAGCAGCAGUCCGUCCGCACCGUUCAGUCUCCUCCACAUUCAACGGCCAGCGUGCGUGUGUAUCGAGCUCUGUAUGAUUACGCUGCACAAGACCACGAUGAGGUUUCCUUUCAUGACGGUGACGUGAUCAUAAACGCUCAGCCCAUCGAUGAGGGAUGGAUGUUCGGCACCGUGCAGAGGACAAGAAAAUCCGGCAUGCUUCCCGCCAACUACGUUGAAUGUUUCAACUGAGAAACAGCUUUUGUUCCCGUUCACAUUUAAAGAUGCUUCUGUCUGUCUGCAUCUUUUUAACACAUUUCACACAUUCAUUCAUUCAUUCAUUCCUUUCUUUUAUUUACUUCUAGCUUCUGUUAACUGUUUCUUACUAAGUUUCUGUCACUUGUGACCUUCACCAUACUGACACCAGACUUGGUUGGUGAUCAUUUUUCUGGUCUCAGGAUCUGAAGUUAUUAAUGUUGCCAAGCAAAUCACACUAGUUACCCGUUCAGUUUAUGAAUGUUUUUAGUAGCUAUUAUCAUUACACUGUAAAGCAGUUUGCAUGACAUCAACAAAUUUUGCCCCACUGAAUAUUAGUGCAAUAAACUACUAACAGGUUAAUUUAGUAUUUGAAUGAAGAGAGCCUUAUCCAGGCUGUAUACUAACCUGUAGAUGUGUUGUUGUCUGUAUAGGAGUUAAUUAAACCGCAGAUGUUUCAUGAGCUGAAGUUUUCUGUAAGACACUGGAAGAUCAAAUGAUGUGUGAAACCCAUAUGACACAGAAACAAUAAUGAAACAUCUACUGUACUGUAUGUGGCCAUGAUGCUCUUUAAGUUUAUUUAAUAAUGUGUGUUGUGCUUUAUUUUGUGAUAAAUAACAGUUGUGCUUUUUCUUGUCAUGCGUCUGCAAUACGUAUUUUUAUUUUAAAUGACUUCACAGUUGGAUUUAUUUAGUGAGAUGUUUGCUGUGAAGGACGUGUUGACCUACAGCAAACACAGAUGUUUCGUCAGGAUUAGCAGUGUGUCAUGAUUUCAUCAUCAUUUAAGUCUAUCACUGUACCUGAACUAAAUCACUUCAUACACCAAGAAAUCUCUUAAAAGACUUCGGUGUAUUUCUGAUCAAUAAUUUAGAUCAAUUCACACAAGAGACACAUUUAGUUUCGGUCAUCUCAUAUAAAAGCAUUGUUCUGCUCAUUCAUUCCUGUUUUACCAUUUGAACAAACUACACGUGACGUCAGAACCACAGUAUGACAUCAUGCUCUUGUUUCGCUCUAAUAGCACAGAUUUAUAUAAAACACAAAGUCAUUUUGAUCUUUGAGAAUGAACCUUUAUACUCAUGAACUUUGUCUCGUGCAGUGACUUCUCUUUUAUCAGUCUGACAGUAGAUGAUGAUGAUGAUGAUGAUGAUGAUCAGUCAGUCUGUGUAAUAAAUUUGAUUGAUGAAUUGGUUUGAAUCCGAAUGCACAAAGUUUAUACAAGACGAUGUUUUUAGAGUUCACAUGUGUUUUUUUUUUUAGAGUUCACAUUUAUUUGUUUGAUUAUAAAAUCAUUGUUUAACUUAUUUGCACAUCACUAUUUCUUCUGUUAUCAUUAUUUUAAUUUGUAGUGUUUCACAACUAUAGAAAUAAAAAAUGUUCAGCAUUU